CUCCAAUGAUUCAAAGCCAUGAUGAUGAAGAAUCAAUGGACAAAUGGUUCAACAAUCUUCGUCAUGGCCAUGCAAAACCUAAAUUCCAAGAGCUUCAUUUUUACAUUCACGACAUUCUCCAAGCUGUUCCGGGUAAAAACAUAAGCAUCGUGGAAGUUGCUAAGGCGGAGAAUAUCACCGACUCGUCGCCGACCGAGUUCGGAUUAGUCUAUGUUGUCGACAAUAAACUGACUGCCGGACCAGAAUACGAUUCCAAGCAAGUCGGUUACGUUCAAGGGCUUUCUGUCUCGGCUUCAAUAGAGAAUAGUGCAUCGACAGUGUGUCUUAAUAUGAUAUUUACGCAAGGGGAAUACAACGGCAGCACUCUUAGCGUUUUGGGCCGCAUCGCGCGGUAUUCCGACAACCGGGAGUUUCCGAUAUUAGGCGGUACCGGCGGUUACCGGAUGGCGCAAGGGAUCGCCACCGGCGAACUCUAUUCUUAUGAUAAUGUCACCAGAAAUGCCGUUGUGGAAUGCCGGAUCCGGUUCUUUCACUAUUGAUGAUAAUAUGAAUGCAUGACAUCACAAUUGCCCUUUAGAUAUGUACGGAGGAAAAAGAAAAAAGAAAGCAAAAUUACACAUUUGAGCAUGUGAAUAUAUCUUUCUCCGUAUUGAUCCAAUAUUUAGGUGUAUUGUAUUUACAACAAUAUUAUUUCUACCCAACUUUUGAAAGAACUACUUUGGAAAGGCAAGAAAAUAUCUUCAAUAUUUUCCCCAUUUCACAAGGUUUGGGGAUAUCUUUCCUCGUUGCUUUUAUCCAUUAUAUUAUUGGAAACGAAUACUAAUUUAUAAUUAGUAAAACUCUUAGCGAAAAUUUUAG